GACAAUCUGGACUCAUGAGAUCGUUUUAAUUAAUUCCAGCGCAAGGACUUGAAACAGCAGGAUAUUGAUCAGAAGUCGGAAAUAUUCCGGGAAUUUCCUUCCAGAUAAGAGGGACGCUUGGAAAACGUAUAUAUUUUUUUGGACGAACAAACUACUAUCGGAGAGUCAUUGUUUAUUUCCAAGUUUCACUGUUUUGCUCGGAAGGGCUCAGGCGGUGGAGCAGAAUGCCUCAAAAAGAAUACCAUAACCAACCCACGUGGGAAUCAGGAGUGGCGUCCAUGAUGCAAAACAGUCACAGUGGCGUCAACCAGCUUGGCGGGGUGUUUGUGAACGGCAGACCGUUACCGGACUCCACCAGACAGAAGAUCGUCGAACUCGCUCACAGCGGAGCACGACCCUGCGACAUCUCCAGGAUUUUGCAGACCCAUGAUGAUGCAAAAGUCCAACUGGACAAUAAGAACGUGUCGAAUGGGUGCGUGAGCAAGAUUCUGGGGAGGUAUUAUGAGACGGGCUCUAUCCGACCGCGAGCCAUCGGAGGCAGCAAACCGAGAGUAGCGACGCCUGAAGUGGUGGGCAAAAUCGCACAGUACAAGAGGGAGUGUCCCUCUAUAUUUGCCUGGGAGAUUCGGGACAGGCUGCUGUCGGAGGGUGUGUGCACCAACGAUAACAUACCGAGCGUGUCGUCGAUAAACCGAGUGCUACGCAACCUGGCUAGCGAAAAGCAACAGAUGGGUGCAGAUGGCAUGUACGACAAGCUGAGAAUGCUCAACGGGCAGAGCGGCACGUGGGGGACUCGUCCGGGAUGGUACCCUGGUACGUCUGUGCCAGGACAACCAAAUCAAGACGGUUGCCAGCAACAGGACAACGGUGGUGAAAACACAAACUCCAUCAGCUCAAACGGUGAGGACUCAGACGAGACUCAAAUGCGUCUGCAGCUGAAACGAAAACUGCAGAGAAACAGAACGUCCUUCACGCAGGAGCAGAUCGAGGCGCUUGAGAAAGAGUUUGAAAGAACACACUAUCCAGACGUUUUCGCAAGAGAAAGACUUGCAGCAAAAAUCGACCUCCCGGAAGCAAGAAUACAGGUCUGGUUUUCAAACAGAAGAGCCAAAUGGAGGAGAGAAGAGAAACUGAGAAACCAGAGACGACAAGCCAGUAACUCCUCCAGUCACAUUCCCAUCAGCAGCAGCUUCAACACCAGCGUCUACCAGGCCAUCCCACAACCCACCACUCCUGUGUCCUUCACGACAGGCUCAAUGCUGGGCCGACCAGACACAGCUCUGACCAACACAUACACGGGUUUACCACCAAUGCCCAGCUUCACUAUGGCCAACAACCUGCCUAUGCAACCAAGCCAGACAUCUUCCUAUUCCUGCAUGCUGCCCAGCAGUCCGUCAGUGAACGGGCGAAGCUUCGACACUUACACCCCCCCUCACAUGCAGGCACACAUGAACAGCCAAACUAUGGCCACUUCUGGCACCGCUUCCACAGGACUCAUCUCUCCUGGAGUGUCUGUCCCUGUCCAAGUCCCCGGAACUGAGCCUGACAUGUCUCAAUACUGGUCAAGAUUACAGUAAAGAAAAGAGCUACUUCGCCCUUUGACUUGAGCGCACAGAGACUGAGCGAGAAGCUGGACAUGUCUGCACAGUAUUUCCACACACAGACUCAAACAAACUGACAUGAGGAUGAGGCGCGAGCUCUUUUCACACUCCCAGAACCUCUAAAAAAAAAAAAACAACAAAAAACAAAAACAAAGACGGAGAGACUUUAAUGGAACAAAAACAAGCGACCUCUGCGACAUCCACAUUUUUCCAACUCAUUUUUUUUGUACUUGUACAUCAGCAUUUCUAUGUAAAGAGAACAGCCCAUAAAAUAUACUGGUGUCCCCUAAUAUUGGCACCUUUGGUAAAUAUGAGCAAAAAAAGUCUAUGAAAAAUAGUAUUUGUUAUUUAACCUUUUGUCAAUUUGCUCAAAAUAUGACCCAAAAAACUCAUUGUAAAUCAUUUUAUCACGAGCAAAAUUAUUGGCGCCCCUCAACAAUUAUUUUUACUUAUAUCCCCAAUGAUAUUUUACAUAUCACUGGGUAACUGUUUAAUCAAAAAUUUAUAAAUAUGAGGUAAAAAAAAGGCCACACUCAAAAAGUAAUUCAUUACAAUGAGUAAAACCAAAAAACUGAGAUGUGAUUUGUGGCAAAGUUUCACAAAAUGGAAAGAGUCUAUAAAAAAAAAGUCAAAACACUCAAAAAGCCCAUUCCACCAUCAGGGAAAUAAGUAAUACAUUUCAGUCAACUGGAAAUGAUUAUGAAUCAGCCUGGAAGUGAAUGUUUGUCCACUGUCCCAAAUGCACUCGGUUCACCAAAAAAUCUUCAAGAAUCAGUUUCUGGUCCUAAAGGCCUGUUCACACCAUGGCAAUUUUUACCACACUUAUCACCCACGUUUAACACCUUAUGACUAAACAAACGGCAUCAAUGUGAGCGGACCAACACGAAAACACCAGGCGUUAACGCAUAAUUAAAAAAAUUAUAAUUAUUGGUUUGAUGCGCUACAUUAAAAACUGUUUAAUAUGCUGCUCCAGUUCCAGUAAAACACCACUUGGGGUGCUCAAGUACAAAAACGUCAAGGUGAGCACGCCUUGUGUAAUGAAGCAUUUCUGUUUUUCAUUA